CGGGCAGCCAGGUAGUUGGGGAGAGGGUGCAAGCCGACGACUCCUCCGGAUCAUCCGUGGAAUGGUCCGACGACGCACCUCUAGUUCCCCGGUGGCGCCGGGAGAUGCGGAAACGUAAAGCCAGCGCCGCUGACCUCGCCAGUCCCUCGUCUUCCUUGCCCGGCUCCCAGCGCCAGAGGGUAGCCGAAAUGCCCCCCACCAGAAAAGAUGCACCAGAAGCCGAACCCAGAGAGGUUGAUAAGGCCGAUCCGUCUCCUUCUGUCGCAGACGAUGGAACUAUCGCCGUGGCAGGCACAAUGUCGGGGCAGCUCACGCCCUCGACUGAAACGGCGCCGCCGCCGGCAAUAGGUGCCACAGACAUCGCCGUGCCAGAGCUGCCAGCCUCCUCAUCCUGUACGCCAACUCCUCCAGCCACGAGUACCGUGGUAAAGAAGCCGUUGAAGCUGGUGUGGAGGAAGCCGACAAUGAUCCGAUCCCAGAGAUCAACAGCUGCGGUGACGCCAGAACUCGAGUUGGCGCCACCAGCCCCCCAGCUGUCGCCUGGACAACCCGACGUGUUAGAGCCAGCAGGGAGGGUAGAUGUAAUCAUGCUUGAUUCGCCACUACCCGAGCCCCAGCACACAGAACCCGAAGCCCCCAGCAAUCAGCAAGUCGAAACGACCACUGCCGUGCCCGUCGACGGUGCAGGGACCCUGUAGCCGUCAGCCUUGGAGGGUGCGGGUGCUUCUUGCGAGGCACCCGGGUUGCCAACCCCUGUAGGGGAGAACACCGAUAUGCUCCAAGGGAUGCAGCUCCCAGGGGAUGAUCUGAGCCGCCUGCGCCAAAUGAUCAAGGCGAUCGACUCAUUUGCUCUGGACAUGAACCAAAAAUCUUCAACGAAGCUGGAAGAGUCCACCAGGCGUAUCGACGAG